AUGAGUCUCUGCAGUUGGAAUGCUCGAGGUUUAGGGAGCCCUCGAGCAUUCUGUAAUCUCUCCCUGCUUGUCAAACAGCAUCAGCCCUUGGUGUUGUUUGUUAUGGAGACUAAGUUGUCGGCUGGACGUGGAAUGCACCUCAAACACAAGCUUCGUUUUGAUAGUGUUUUAGAAGUGCCUAGGCAAGGUCUUGGGGGAGGGAUUUUACUUUUUUGGAAAGACUCUGUUGAUGUUAAUGUUGUUACUUAUUCCCUUAACCAUGUUGAUUGUAUUAUAAAUAAUUUUAAUGGUAAAGACUGGCACUUUUCUGGUUAUUAUGGUUCUCCUUAUGCUGAUCAAAAAUCUGUUACCUGGACUUUACUUAAUCGUUUAUUUGAUACUGCUCCUCUUUUGCCUUGGUUAGUUAUGGGUGAUUUCAAUGAUUAUCUCUCGGUUAGUGAUAGGAACACGCAUCACUCCCCUCUCUCUCAUGCUAUGCAUUCUUUUCUGAAUAGAUACAAUCAUAUUCCUCUUCAUCAUGUUGGGCCAAAAUUCACCUGGCGGCAUGGUUUGAUCCUUGAACGUCUUGAUUGGUGCACCUCAAAUCAGCUUUGGGCAAAUUUGUUUCCUCAAGCUACUCUUUUCCACUUAGGUUUCUAUGGAUCCGAUCACCGUGCCCUUAAGAUCUUGCUUCAGGACCCACAUUUCAGUAAUUUCCACUCCACUCGUUUUCACUUUGAAAAUCAUUGGCUCAAGGACCCUUCUUUUGCUUCCAUGGUUAAUUCCUCCUGGGCCAACUCUCAGAACCUCUCUUUACCCCCCUUGCAAUCUUUCCUAGACAAGCAAUCUAACUGUAUGUCGGAUAUUAGGAAUUGGAGUAAAUCUCAACAUCCUUUUAAGUUUCAAAUAUCCCGUAUUCAGGCGGAUCUUCACAAUCUGUUGAAUGAUUCUCAACCAACCCCCCAAUCUACUUCUCAAGCUGCUACUCUCCAAUCUCGGUUGGAUGGCCUUCUCCUUAAGGAGGAAGUUUAUUGGAAGCAGCGUUCUCGAGUAGACUGGCUGCGUGCUGGGGAUAAAAAUACAAAAUUUUUUCAUCACCGUGCUUCUACUCGAAAAAAGAACAAUCUCAUUUGCCAAAUUACUCUCCCUGAUGGAUCCACCUCCCACGAUUCUACUACUAUAAUCUCCCAAUUUCUUGACUUCUAUACUUCUCUUUUUACUUCUCAAGGUGUGUGUGAUAUGGCUGUAAACUCUCUUCUUCAAGGGAUCUCUAGCAGGCUUACCCCUCAGCAGGUUGCUUUUCUUGAUGAACCUUUCACUGAGAUUGAGGUUAAACAAGCCUUGUUUAGCCUUUCGGGUGAUAAGGCUCCUGGCCCUGAUGGUCUCAACUCCUUUUUCUACAAAAGUAAUUUGUCCACUCUGGGGAAAGAUUUCACCAGAGCCAUGCUCCAAAUUCUUAACCAUCAGGGGGAUAUCUCCCACAUCAAUGAAACUAUAAUUGUCCUCAUCCCAAAAAAAAAAAAAAUCCCAAACUUUAUCAAUCAAAGUGCUUUCCUUCAGGGGCGCCAAAUUACUGAUAACAUUCUUAUCGCUAAUGAGCUUAUUCAUGCUAUUCAUUCUAGACGUUCGGGGAAGAUAGGUUGGGAUGCUAUUAAGCUUGACAUGGAAAAGGUUUUUGAUAGGGUUGAGUGGUCUUUCCUAAAUCAAUUGCUUUCUCAUGUUGGUUUUCCUGCAUCUUUUAACUCUCUUAUAAUGCGUUGUCUUUCUACUGUCCAGUUUAGGCUAUCCAUAAAUGGCUCUCUCACAAACACCUUUCAUUCUACCCGUGGUAUUCGCCAAGGGGACCCUUUAUCACCCUAUCUCUUCCUCUUAAUUGCUAAGGGUCUCUCUGCUGCUAUUCGGCUGCAACAGACAAAUACAAAUUUCUCUGGAAUUCAGAUGUGCAGAGGCGCUCAGCCCUUGUCUCACCUUCUGUUUGCUGAUGAUAGCAUGCUCAAAUACCUCGGCGUUCCUCAUUGUGUUAGCAGGGUCACCAAUUCCAUUUUCCAUUACCUCCUCCAAAGGGUUUCCUCUAGAUUAAAUUCUUGGAAUGACAAGUUCUUCUCUCGUGCUGGCAAGGAAACUUUAAUUAAGGCUGUGGUCCAAGCCAUUCCUUCAUUUGCUAUGUCCUGUUUUAGAGUGCCUAAAUCGAUCUGUCAAAAAAUUCAAAGUUCUAUAGCCAGAUUUUGGUGGGGUUCUCAGGGCACUAAAAAGGUCCAUUGGAAAAAUUGGGAUGACAUCUCUGUCUCUAAGUUUUUUGGGGGUUUGGGAUUUCGUAUUUUGUCUUUUCAUAACCAAGCUCUUUUAGCAAAGCAAGCUUGGAGAGUUUGGAAUGAUAGGGACUCUCUUCUUUAUUCUAUUCUUAAAGCUCGAUACUUUAAACAUUCUGAUUUUUUGAAUGCUCCUGUUGAUCAUAAUUCUUCUUUUACCUGGAGGAGUCUUCUUUGGGGACGUCAAUUGCUUAAGAAGGGUCUGGUUUGGAAGAUUGGUGAUGGUAUUAAUGUCCCUUUAUCAGCACCAAAUUGGAUCCCUACUAUUCACAGUCCCACUCUCUUACAUCUGCUUGACCAGUCCCAAGCUUUUGUUUCUUUCUUCAUCAAUCAGGACUCCACUUGGAAUGUCCCUAAACUUAAACAUUUCUCUGCUUAUCAAGUGGAAAGUAUCCUCAAAAUUCCCCUGGAUCCAACUUUCUCUGAUUCUCUUAUUUGGGGAUUUCACCCCUCUGGCAUUAUCACUGUCAAAUCUGCUUACCAUCUUGCCUCUUCCCUUGCUUCUGCGGAUGUUCCCUCCUCUUCCAUCCCCAACCCUUAUCAACAUUGGUGGAAAAAGCUUUGGUCUCUCUCUGUCCCUCCCAAAAUUAAACAUUUCAUUUGGAAAGCCUUUCACCAUAUUCUGCCUUGUGCCUUAAAUUUAUUUCUCAAAAGGAUUCUUCCCCAUCCCAACUGUUCUAUUUGUGGCAACAAUGCUGAGUCUGCACUGCAUAACAUUCCUAAACAGGACUUUCCAGUUUUCAUUGCUUUUGUCUGGCAUAUUUGGAAUACUCGAAACUCAAUUUUAUUUAAUAAAUCUGGUAUUCCUAACAAUGUGGAAGAGUUUGUUAUUACUUAUCUACAGGAAUAUAUUGCUGCUCAGUGUAACUACCAGGGAGAUCAGUUGGCUUCUGAGGCUGUCCCCAUUUCUCGUACGGCUCAACAACAACACCCUCCUCUCCUGCAACCUGAUACUCCUUCUCUUUUUGUUGAUGCAGCCCUUGACCAAAAUCAUGGCUUAACAGGAACCGGUUUCAUCUUCAAACUUGGUUUUCAGACUGUAUUAGCUUCUCACUGCCGUCAUUUGCCUGGUGCUGUUUCUCCCAUUUUUGCUGAAGGCCAGGCGCUUCUGGAGAGUCUAAGGUGGUGUUUGGAUUCUCAAUUGUCUCCUAAGGUUGUCUUUUCGGAUUGUUUGAAUUUGGUUUCCAAAGUGAAUAGUGCUUGGCAAGACAAUUCUGCUCUUUCUGGACUUGUCUCUCGAAUUCGAUUGCUCUUCUCCAACUUCCCUGAUGCUUCUUUGCAAUAUCUCCCUCGACAGUUUAAUAUGGAAGCCCAUGGUCUUGCAAAAGAAGCCCUCAGGCAGAGAGAAGUUAGCUAG